GUGCCCACUCACACGGGCAGCCGAGGGUGAGCCGAGGUGGACUCCACUGAGCUGAACAGGUGACUGCCUGACAGCCCGCCCACCUGUGUCCAGUCUGCCCCACCCCCCUGCCCCCCCACUCAACGGCUUAAUUUCCCAUAAGGACCCUCUCCGGGCAGCUGUGGGACGGCGGAUGUUCGGUAGAGAGCUGACAGAUCCAGGCACGGUACUACAGUACUGAAGACGGGUUCUAAAGGUGGAGGCACCAGCUAGGCCGAGCCAUGGCAGGGUGGAGACCAGCCUCCCUCCUCCCCCUCCUACUCCUCUUCCUCCUGGGCUUCCUCUUCCUCUCUGAUGCCUCACUGUACCACUCUGGCCAGCGACAGAGGUCCCGUAUGCAGAAGGACAGACGCCAUGUCCGUCCCAACAUCAUCCUCAUCCUCACAGAUGACCAGGAUAUCGAGCUGGGCUCUAUGCUGGCCAUGAAUAAAACAAGGCGUAUAAUGAUGCAGGGUGGCACACACUUCUCCAAUGCCUUCUCCACCACGCCCAUGUGCUGCCCGUCCCGCUCCUCCAUUCUGACUGGGAAAUACGUGCACAACCACCACACCUACACCAACAAUGAGAACUGCUCGUCUCCAUCAUGGCAGGCCCACCAUGAGCCUCACACCUUCGCUGUCCACCUUAAUAACUCAGGCUACAGGACCGCUUUCUUCGGGAAGUAUCUGAAUGAGUACAACGGCUCCUACAUUCCCCCAGGCUGGAGAGAAUGGGUGGCGCUAGUGAAGAACUCUCGUUUUUACAACUACACUCUGUGCAGGAAUGGAGUGCGAGAAAAGCAUGGGAUGGAGUACCCCAAGGACUACCUCACUGACAUCAUCACGAAUGACAGCAUCACCUAUUUCCGGAUGUCUAAGAGACUGUACCCGCACCGACCCGUGAUGAUGGUUCUGAGCCACGUUGCUCCUCAUGGUCCGGAGGAUGCAGCUCCUCAGUACAGCGCUGCCUUCCCAAACGCCUCUCAGCACAUAACUCCCAGCUACAACUACGCCCCCAACCCAGAUAAGCACUGGAUCCUGCGCUACACCGGCCCGAUGAAGCCCGUCCACAUGCAGUUCACCAACCUGCUGCAGAGGCGGAGACUGCAGACGCUGCUCUCGGUGGACGACAGCGUGGAAAAGGUGUAUAACAUGCUGGUGGAGAUGGGCGAACUAGACAACACCUACCUCAUCUACAUGUCUGAUCACGGCUACCACAUUGGCCAGUUCGGUCUGGUUAAAGGAAAGUCCAUGCCCUACGAGUUUGAUAUUCGAGUGCCUUUUUACAUACGAGGACCCAAUGUGGAAGAGGGAGCCAUUAACCCCCACAUCGUUCUCAAUAUUGACUUGGCGCCCACGCUGCUGGACAUGGCUGGACUGGACAUUCCUGUGGACAUGGACGGGAAGUCCAUCCUGAAGCUGCUGGACACUGAUAAGCCGGUCAACAGGUUUCAGUUUAACAAGAAGGGGAAAGUAUGGAGGGACUCGUUCCUGGUAGAGAGAGGGAAGCUCCUGCAUAAACUGUCUGAUGGGAAGGAGGAGACCCAGGAGAACUUUCUGCCCAAGUACCAGCGGGUCCGAGAUCUCUGCCAGAAGGCGGAGUAUCAGACUUCCUGUGAGCAGCCUGGACAGAAGUGGCAGUGUGUCGAGGACAGUUCGGGGAUGCUGAGGUUGUAUAAAUGUAAGGGUAUGGCUGGUCUGUAUGCCCACCGAGCUCAGGGCCUGAUGGCCAGUGCGGGCCAGCGGUACCAGCCCGGAUCUCCUCCUCAGCACUGUGACUGUGAGCUUGUCGGACCUCUGAAGAGGAAGAAGAUGCUCACCAAGAAAAAGCUAAAGCCAAAGAAGAGUCCGUCUCGGAACCGCUGGGCCCGUUCUGUCCCUCACCUGGACAGUAAUGUUUAUACUCUGGAUCUGGAGGAGGGGUACCAACCCAUCUUACCAAAGAACCUUAGUCAGACUCUGGGCAGGAAACAGGCCAGUUACGGGACCAGUGAAGAGUUCAGCGGGAUGGAACCCACAGACAACAGCCUGACGCCACCUGCUGCCCUCAAAGUCACAUACAGGUGCUCCAUACUGAUGAAUGAUACGGUGCAGUGUGAUGGUGGAUUAUAUAAAUCUCUGCAGGCCUGGAAAGAUCACAAACUGCACAUCGAGCAUGAGAUCGAGACGCUACAGACCAAAAUUAAGAACCUGAGAGAGGUUAAAGGUCACCUGAAGAAAGCCAGACCGAAGGAGUGCGAGUGCAGUCCGGAUAUUUACGGGUUUAGGAACAGAGCUCUCUUCAGACUGAAGUCGGGUCAGGUGCAUUCUUUAAGGCUGGCAUCUAAAGAUAAGAAGCAGUGGUUGAUGAAGGAGCAGAAGCGCAGAAAGAAGAUCCGGAAGCUCCUGAAGCGUCUCCGGAACAACGACACCUGCAGCAUGCCCGGCCUCACCUGCUUCACCCACGACAACCAGCACUGGCAGACUGCCCCCUUCUGGACGAUGGGGCCGUUCUGUGCCUGUACCAGCGCCAACAACAACACCUACUGGUGUUUAAGGACCAUCAACGACACCCACAACUUCCUGUUUUGUGAGUUCGCCACAGGAUUCCUGGAGUAUUUUGAUUUGAACACAGACCCUUACCAGCUGAUUAAUGCAGUCAGUACGCUGGACCGUGAUGCUCUGAACCACAUGCAUCUGCAGCUCAUGAACCUGCGCAGCUGUAGAGGAAACAAGCAGUGCAGCCCAGAGACAGGGCCUAAAGAGCGCAACUUCUCCAGUGAUUACAGGCCCCUUCAUCGGAGAAAAAGGCCAAAAGUGAAGAAACCUUCGUCCAAAUCGAUGGGGCAGAUCUGGGAAGGUUGGGUGGGCUAAAUAUGAGCUUCACCCACACAAAGGAACAACACUUGGAAAGGACUGAACCCAGAGAACCUGGAGAACCAGAGAACCCAAGAACCCCCACUUUCACCCUCAAGCACUUGAGCAACAGAUCUAUGGACAGACAUGGAGAUCAUCCAAAAGUCUCAUCUCACAGUGACAAUAUCUCACACUCAUUUUUUCUGUCUCUCUGUCUCUAUUACUCUCUUGCUCUGUGUUUGUAUCACUUACUUUAAUUUUCUGUAUCAUCUGCAAUAACAAGCAGCCAGAACCUUUGGACCGGUUGUUGGAUUUCUUAUCUAAUCUCGCCUGUGGAAACCAAGAUCAAAAGAAAGCUCUUCUGUAUUUCUUUCCCAGAUGGAAGUUUGCCGGGUGCUGGGUGCCAUCUUUUAACUGGGCUGACAGUCUGCCCCACGCUGGAGCUUGUUGUCAACUCAGUGUUGAUUUUUGACAGAUUUGGAACUUACAUUUUUCAGCCCAACCCACCUUCAGUCUUCAUGAUUGAUUUAUUGACUGACUGCAUCCCGUAUCUCCACCUUCUCACACAGAACCGUCCUGCAGAACCUCCAGACCAGUGAUUUUCCAAUAAGCCUAAAUCAUGCGGACACUUUAGGACAUGGUCUGCAUGUACAUAAGCUUGUAGAUUGUAGCAUUACUUCUGAAAUCAGGAGUUAUUAUCUGUCUUUCCAUGCCUCAGAAACUUCUACUCUAAAUUUCUAUGACGCUACACCAUGUAUUGCAAUAUGGCUGUGAGGAUGUCAGAAGAAAAUGAGCAGAGAAUGAAGCCCUGCCCCUUCUGGGUGUGUUCUCUGCUACAGUAUUUGUGUGUGCAGGUUAGUACUGUCCUGUAGCAACUUGGACUCUACCCAACAGACAAGACAAUGACUGCUCACACAGACAGUUGUAAAGCUAACAGCCAGCCUCGGCAGGGUUGGAGCAGGUGAACAGGAGGUGGAGGAAGCAUGGCUGAAUAUGAAGAAUUUGUUUGGGUCUGAGCUGCUGGUGCUCUAGUGCGACCUCUAAUGGCAGAAGUCGCAUAGUGCUACCUUAAACAGUGAUUUAAAGAAAGCUUGCUUUUUUCGUAGAGAAAUGUGUGUGAAGAACCUUUAACAUGUUUUAAAGAGGCACUAAACCCUAAACCAUAUAUAUUUUUUAAUAAUAGCUAAAAUGUGUUCCUAUUAAAGCUCCACUAGGUAGGAUUGAGAUUUUGUGCUCGUGGGUUUCCCCUACAGUUGUAGAGUGUAAUAAAUGUUUCAGGCGGAUUAGUUUUUCUUGUUUUCUGGCUUUCACAGACAUAUUUGGUCUCUUUCCAGCUUCUGCCAGAGUGCCUGUAUGUUAGUUUGUAAAGAAUAAACAAGUAUUCCUUGUAGAACUGUUAGAACUAAAGGUCGGAAAGCAGGUCACAGUUCUCGCGAGCGUUGGUCGUGGCCAGUUGGGAAAACGUACAGAGUCUGGUUUGAGCUCAGAGGAGCUCCGGCACAGACACGAGAGCACUGCUAUUCCUCCUAUUACACCUCAAUGCAGUGAGUUUCAAGCUGUAAUUUUACUUCUUUAAAAAUAUCAAAAAUCAAGGAAAUCCUACCUAGUGCUGCUUUAAGUAGUAAGACAUACCAGUCCUGCUUAAAAUUUUUAGAAACAUAAAAUAAAAAAAAUCUGCCUCUGCAGCACCCUCACAGGUUCAACUAUGCUGUAGGCAAGGAUGAUGUUUCUGUGUACUUUGGUAUGCGGAUACUCACAAUAUGCAAAUCAGUCAAUCUGCAUCUCACUGCUAUCAGAAGCACACUGCUGCUGCUGCAGCUCAGCCAAUCAGCUCUCUGUCUUGCCCUUGCCUUUAAAACUCUAAAUUCAAUUUUGAGCCGAGGGUGGAGUCAGCUAAAAUCUAUGGAAGACCAUUCCCGCCAGCUUUUUAUUAUUAAGUAGACUGCUAUCUCAUUACUUUGAGAUACUUAGCAUUAUUUUGAGAUAUUACGUCAUUUUUUUAAGAUAGCAAGUGUGUUUUUUUAUUGGAAACAAAGUGAUGACUUACUAUCACAAAAUAAUGAGAGUAUCAUAAAAUAAUGACUUACUAUCACAAAAUAAUAAUUUACUAUCACAAAAUAAUGAGAGUAUCUGAAAAUGAUGACUUACUAUCUCAAAAUAAUGACUUAGUAUCUCAAAAUAAUGACUUUCUAUCUUAAAAUAAUGACUUACUUUCUCAAAAUAAUGAGACAGCAGUUUACUUAAUAAUAAAAAUAAAAAAUGUGCUGGUUUAUUUUUUUUUUAGGUGUCGUGAAUGGGCUUUCAUAAAAAUCAGGGUGUUUAGUUACCCUUUAGGAAAUAGACAAAAAGGUUUUUAUCUUAAAGGCUCUUCACACUAUGAAAAUAAAUACUUUUCUUCUGAGGCAUUGCUUAACGAAGCUGUAGAAGCACCUCAUAUGAGAGUUAAGACUCACAGACAGACAGAUAGUGAGAGAGGCUGGUGUUCAGGAGCUCUGGAUCAUCUGAUUCCAGUGUCGAGCAGCGAUUGUGCUGCAAGAGCAUGAUUGAUAAUGUCUGUCAGCAACGGGGACACAGUACGCCUAGAUGAAGUACUUUCCAGGAAAGGGAUUUAGCCCAGUCCUUUUAACUGAAACACAUUCAACUCAUUCAUUCAAACUGCUGUGUAGUCUAAGGCUAGGCUUAAUUCCUGUCUGGAAAAUUCCUCCAAUAGUUUAUGAAUAGUGUAAAGUGUAAACGUUUCUGAGGGCUGCUUGGGUAUAGGAGCAGAUUUAAUUUUACACACUUCAUUCUGUGUAACUGUAUAUAACCCAGCUAUACCAUACUGCUUAUGGAUUAUUAUUAUUAUUACUUUGUGAAUCAUGGUGCUACUGUAAUAAGUGAGACUGGGGGGUUGGUAAAUAUGUACACUACCGUUCAAAAGUUUGGGGUCACUCAAACAAUUUUGUGUUUUCCAUGAAAAGUCACACUUAUUCACCACCAUACGUUGUGAAAUGAAUAGAAAAUAGAGUCAAGACAUUGACAAGGUUAGAAAUAAUGAUUUGUAUUUGAAAUAACAUUGUUUUUACAUCAAACUUUGCUUUCAUCAAAGAAUCCUCCAUUUGCAGCAAUUACAGCAUUGCACACCUUUGGCAUUCUAGCUGUUAAUUUGUUGAGGUAAGCUGGAGAAAUUGCACCCCACGCUUCUAGAAGCAGCUCCCACAAGUUGGAUUGGUUGGAUGGGCACUUCUGGCGUACCAUACGGUCAAGCUGCUCCCACAACAGCUCAAUGGGGUUCAGAUCUGGUGACUGCGCUGGCCACUCCAUUACCAAUAGAAUACCAGCUGCCUGCUUCUGCUGUAAAUAGUUCUUGCACAAUUUGGAGGUGUGUUUAGGGUCAUUGUCCUGUUGUAGGACGAAAUUGGCUCCGAUCAGGCGCUGUCCACUGGGUAUGGCAUGGCGUUGCAAAAUGGAGUGAUAGCCUUCCUUAUUCAGAAUCCCUUUUACCCUGUACAAAUCUCCCACCUUACCAGCACCAAAGCAACCCCAGACCAUCACAUUACCUCCACCAUGCUUAACAGAUGGCGUCAGGCAUUCUUCCAGCAUCUUUUCAUUUGUUCUGCGUCUCACAAACGUUCUUCUUUGUGAUCCAAACACCUCAAACUUGGAUUCAUCCGUCCACAACACUUUUUUCCCAGUCUUCCUCUGUCCAAUUUCUGUGUUAUUUUACCCAUCUUAAUCUUUUUCUUUUAUUAGCCAGUCUCAGAUAUGGCUUUUUCUUUGCCACUCUGCCCUGAAGCCCAGAAUCCCGCAGCCGCCUCUUCACUGUAGAUGUUGACACUGGUGUUUUGCGGGUGCUAUUUAAUGAAGAUGCCAGUUAGGGACCUGUGAGGCGUCUGUUUCUCAAACUAGAGACUCUAAUGUACUUAGCUUCUUGCUUAGUUGUGCAACGCGGCCUCCCACUUCUUUUUCUACUCUGGUUAGAGCCUGUUUGUGCUGUCCUCUGAAGGGAGUAGUACACACCGUUGUAGGAAAUCUUCAAUUUCUUAGCAAUUUCUCGCAUGGAAUAGCCUUCAUUUCUAAGAACAAGAAUAGACUGUCGAGUUUCAGAUGAAAGUUCUCUUUUUCUGGCCAUUUUGAGCGUUUAAUUGACCCCACAAAUGUGAUGCUCCAGAAACUCAAUCUGCUCAAAGGAAGGUCAGUUUCUAGCUUCUGUAAUGAGCUAGACUGUUUUCAGGUGUGUGAACAUGAUUGCACAAGGGUUUUCUAAUCAUCAAUUAGCCUUCUGAGCCAAUGAGCAAACACAUUGUGCCAUUAGAACACUGGAGUGAUAGUUGCUGGAAAUGGGCCUCUAUACACCUAUGUAGAUAUUGCACCAAAACCAGACAUUUGCAGGUAGAAUAGUCAUUUACCACAUUAGCAAUGUACAGAGUGUAUUUGUUUAAAGUUAGGACUAGUUUAAAGUUAUCUUCAUUGAAAAGUACAGUGCUUUUCCUUCAAAAAUAAGGACGUUUCAAUGUGACCCCAAACUUUUGAACGGUAGUGUAUAUGUAUUUGAAUGAAUGAAUGAUAUUUUUAUAGUUUUUGUUUUUUUGACUCUAACCCAGGCCUACAGACCUGUUCACUCAUGUCUCUAUAAACUGACUAAACCACUGUAGGCCUGACCCUGUCCACCAAUUACACAAUUUAAUGUUUGUUUAAAUUUUUGUUCCUGGGUUCUAACUGUUAUAUUUCAACUGCUCACAUAUAAACUUGAUAAAAAACACCAAUAUUCCUCAUGAACUUUGUGAUUUUGUGACAAUAGCCUUUAACACAAAUUAAUCAUGUGACAAAAUUGACAGAGCCUGGUGAUGCAUAAACAGGUUUAUUUAGCGAUAUACCACAGCAACUCUCACUGUUGAGUUCAGAAGGUAGAUUAGAUAGAUAUUUUAUUUGUGCUGAAGUACAUGCUCUCUUUCCCUCUCCCUCUUUCUCUCUCUCUGUCUCUCUCUCUCAUACACAUUUUCUCUUUUUCAUCUGUUGAAGGUGUAAUAUGGAGCUACACUAGUGUUUAUUUUCUCCAUUAAAAACUCUUAGUUAAUGGCAUGAAUUAGUACAUUACAAUAUUCUACAAUAUUCUGAAAAAUCUUCGAAACUACCCAGAGAUAUUGUAAAACCACACUACACCACUAUUACUAUCCCCUUCCCAAACAUACAAUUACAUACCAGCAUAUUUAAAAAAAAAAAUCACAAGUUUAUCCAUGAUUUAGUCACAGAAUAUUGUUGUGAUUAAUACAAUUAUUGUUUUAAGGGACUGGCACCAAUAAUACAAAUUUAAGUGUUUCUAAACCCAAUUAUCUUGUUCAAAAUUCAAAAUGAAAUAUCUAUUAGCAAAAGCUUAGUCUUAAAGAAGAAAAAGUGUGAUUAAUCCUGAUCCAUUUGAUUAAUAUUUGUAAUCGAUUAACACGACUAUAUAAACCCAUGAAAUUUGA